AUGCCUCGCCAAUUCUUCGUCGGAGGGAACUUCAAAUUGAACCCCACCUCCCGGGCGCAAAAGCAGGCUUUAGUCAAAGUCCUGAACGAUGCCGAUCUCGACUUGAACACAGAGAUCGUGAUCUCUCCCCCGUCGAUCUACCUCAUCCCACUGAAGGAGAUCGUGCGCAAAGAAAUCAAGGUUGCUGCCCAAAACUGCUACUACAAGGAUAAUGGCGCAUUCACUGGGGAGAUAAGUGCAGGACAGCUUGCUGAUGCCGGCAUACCAUAUGUGAUUUUGGGCCACUCGGAGCGACGAACUCUCUUCCAUGAGACAUCUGAGGAGGUUGCGCAGAAGACCAAAGCUGCCGUCGCUGCUGGCCUCAGUGUGAUUCUCUGUGUCGGCGAGACCCUACAAGAACGAGAGAGCGGGGCGACCACCAAGGUAGUCUCGGAGCAACUGGACGCCGUGGUCAAGGCGAUCAAAGAAGAGGAUUGGGCUAAGGUCGUCAUUGCGUACGAACCUGUGUGGGCCAUCGGCACCGGAAAGGUAGCCACCUCCGCGCAGGCGCAGGAGACGCACCUAGCGAUUCGUGAAUACUUGACCAAGGCAGUAUCGCCCAAGGUCGCAGAGGACACACGAAUCAUCUAUGGUGGCAGCGUGAACGCCGGGAAUUGCAAGGAACUCUCUUUGCAGCCCGAUGUGGAUGGGUUUCUCGUCGGCGGUGCUUCGCUCAAGCCCGAGUUCGUCGAUAUCAUCAAUGCGAAAAAGGUCAAAGCAAAGGUUUGA